AAAACAAAAGUAAAAACGGACGAAAAGGGAGUUUAGUUGUGAUCAACUCGGUCAAAACUCAACAAGAACGACAGCUAUUACGUUCGCUUCUUUCAGCCGGUCUGGAACAUUCGCAGACCACCGCACACGGCACACGCAGCUGAAAUUUCUUCGUCGCCGGUAUAACUCAUCAGCCACAACCAUCGUAGGAGGCGCCACCACUGUCUCAAUAUCACAUCCUGUAGCAAUUCAUAUUUAUGCACCUCCGAAAAACACUGUAGAGGGAUCUGAUGAACUUUAAUUUUGCCGGAUUCAAGAGAAAAUACAGACGAUUAUCUUUCUUUCGUGAUCCAGUUUAUCGGGUACGCUAGAGAUCUCUAGAAUUUUCCUUUUUUUUAAGACAUUAGUUUUUCGAAGGCAGCGUCUCUAUCCGUUCACAAAAGCUCUGCGUUCGAACCUUGCUUCCAUCUCUCUCGGCGAAACUUGUUCCUCUCACCUCGAGAUCCAUCAACGAUUUUUGCUUCAUACUCACCGUCUUUGGCGAUUACUGCUUCUACGCAGACCAAUUUCUGGUUCACGACAGGCGAUUUUGGCAUACACUCUGAUUAAGGCAAGAUGAUGGUCGAAGAUCUAGGAAUCGAAGCUAAGGAAUCUGCAGUUCGGGAGGUUGCAAAGCUCUUGCCACUUCCUGAACUUCUGCUGUCCAUUUCUUCAAUCAAGGCAGAUUACAUUGCACGCCAACAGGCUACUGAUGCACAACUUAGCACUAUGGUUGCUGAACAGGUUGAACAAGCACAAGCUGGAUUAAAAGCACUUGCUUCAUCUGAGAAGAAUGUAAAUCAACUCCGCCAAAAUUUUGUUAAUAUUGAGAGGCUAUGUCAAGAAUGCCAAACAUUAAUUGAGAAUCAUGAUCAGAUUAAGCUUCUUAGCAAUGCACGAAAUAACCUAAACACAACAUUGAAGGAUGUAGAGGGGAUGAUGUCAAUUUCUUCAGAAGCUGCAGCAGCACAUGAUUCUUUAAGUGAUGAUAAGGAGCUCAUCAACACAUAUGAGAGAUUAACAUCUCUUGAUGGAAAGAGGAGAUUCGCAUUAGCUGCUGCAUCAACUCAUGAAGAGGAAGUUGGAAGACUAAGAGAAUAUUUUGAAGAAGUUGAUAGAACUUGGGAGACAUUUGAGCAGACUUUAUGGUCACAUAUUUCUAACUUUUUCCAACUUGCUAAAGAAAGCCCACAAACACUUGUACGUGCUUUGAGGGUUGUUGAAAUGCAAGAGAUUCUUGAUGAACAAGUGGCUGAAGAAGCAGCUGAGGCUGAAGGAGGUGGUGCAAUGGCAUCUGUAGCAAAUCCUCGUAGAGCUGGAAAAAAAUCUACAGAUGCAUUAGCAUCUUCUAGAAACCUUGCAGCUCAAAAGGCAAAACAGGGGAAAUGUUACAAGGAUAAAUGUUAUGAGCAUAUCACAAAAGCUGUUGAAACAAGAUUCAGUAAACUUUUAUCAGAACUUGUCUUUGAAAACCUGAAAGGUGCCAUAGAAGAGGCAAAAAAGAUUGGGGAAGAGCUUGGAGAUAUAUAUGAUCAUGUGGCUCCUUGUUUUCCUCCAAGAUAUGAAAUAUUCCAGCUGAUGGUGAAUUUAUACACAGAGAGGUUUAUUCAGUGGCUAAGACUACUGAGUGAUCGUGCUAAUGAGAUUACAAAUAUUGAAAUCUUAAAGGUAACUGGAUGGGUGGUUGAGUAUCAAGAUAAUUUAGUUGCACUUGGAGUUGAUGAGACAUUAGCUCAAGUUUGUUCAGAGAGUGGUGCAAUGGAUCCACUUAUGGAUUCAUAUGUUGAGAGAAUGCAAGCAACCACAAGGAAAUGGUAUUUGAAUAUUCUUGAAGCUGAUAAAGUCCAGCCUCCAAAAUCAACAGAUGAGGGAAAACUUUAUACUCCAGCUGCUGUUGAUUUAUUUAGAAUUCUUGGAGAACAAGUGCAAAUUGUUAGAGAAAAUAGUACAGAAAUUAUGUUAUACAGAAUCUCUUUGUCCAUCAUUCAGGUGAUGAUUGAUUUUCAAGCAGCUGAAAAAAAGAGAUUGGAAGAACCUGCUUCUGAAAUUGGUCUAGAACCAAUAUGUGCCAUGAUUAACAACAAUUUGAGAUGCUAUGAUCUUGCUAUGGAGCUAGCUUCUAGCACUAUUGAAGCCCUAACAGAAAAUUAUGCAGAACAGAUUAAUUUUGAGGACACCUGUAAGGGGUUUCUGGAGGUUGCAAAGGAAGCUGUACACCAAACAGUCAAUGUCAUAUUUGAUGAUCCAGGAGUUCAAGAACUACUAGUCAAACUUUACCAUAAAGAAUGGAGUGAAGGACAGGUUACUGAAUACCUAGUCGCAACAUUUGGUGAUUAUUUUACGGAUGUGAAAAUGUAUAUUGAAGAAAGAUCAUUUAGACGAUUUGUUGAGUCUUGCCUUGAACAAACAGUCAUUGUUUAUGUUGACCAUAUGCUGUCUCAGAAAAAUUACAUAAAGGAGGAAACAAUCGAACGCAUGAGGCUUGAUGAAGAGGUUUUGAUGGACUUCUUCAGGGAAUACAUUAGUGUUAAUAAAGUUGAAAACAGACUAAGAAUACUAAUUGACUUGAGAGAACUUGCUUCAGCUGAAAGCCCAGAUACCUUCACUCUUGUUUAUACACAUAUUCUUGAACAUCAACCUGAUUGCCCGCCUGAAGUUGUUGAGAAAAUUGUUAGUCUCCGAGAAGGAAUACCAAGGAAGGAUGCCAAGGAGGUUGUACAAGAAUGCAAGGAAAUAUAUGAGAAUUCUCUGAUUGAUGGAAAUCCACCAAGGUCAGGAUUUGUGUUCUCCAAAUUAAAGUCCCUCAAAGCAUCAGGGAUUGGUAAUAUUUUCCGUAAGUUGCAUUAAACAUUAAACAUUAUUGUUAUUGUUAUUUGUGAUGUAAGUAUUUUUGGUGAGAUGUAGUAGAGAAUCCAAAUGAAGAGAUUUUUGAAGUGACAUAAUAAGUACAUGAUUUGGAUGUUUA